UCGAGUCACCUGCGCAGUGCACACCGCCGCCAUCAUCACGGAACCCUGGCCACCUCUUCACCUGCACGCGCCGCCGAAACACGACGCACCCCCGCCUCCACCUCGCUUUCCGCUCGAAGCUGCCGGCGUCCUCCUCCUCCCGCCGCCUCCUGCAACGGCGCCGGGUGGAGAUCCAUCCGGACUCGCCGGUGACUCAGAAGGGGUGGCAGCUAUGCCCAAGGUCAAGAAUCCCCAUGUUUUCUUGGACAUAUCGAUCGGCGGACAAAGCGCUGAGAGGAUCACGUUCGAGCUCUUUGCUAAUGUAGUCCCGAAGACUGCAGAGAACUUCCGAGCUCUUUGUACUGGUGAAAGAGGCCUUGGCGCGUCUACACAGAAACCACUUUAUUUCAAGGGCACAAAAAUCCAUCGCAUCGUUAAAGGGUUUGUUGCUCAGGGUGGUGAUUUUUCAACAGGAGAUGGACGUGGUGGAGAGAGCAUAUAUGGUGGAAAAUUUCCAGAUGAAAACUUCAGGCUAAUGCAUGAUCAGACUGGUGUCCUAUCCAUGGCAAAUUCUGGACCAGAUAGUAACGGAUCCCAAUUUUUUAUAACAUUCAAGCCCUUACCUCAUCUUGAUGGCAAACACGUGGUCUUUGGGAAGGCGGUCAGUGGAAUAGCUUUGCUCAAGAAGCUGGAAGCAGUAGGUUCUGUUGAUAGUGGAGAGCCUUCUCGUCAAGUGAAAAUAGUAGACUGUGGUGAAGUCUCCAGCACAAAAACUCACGAUCAGCUACAGGGAGAGAAAGAAAAGAAGCUAAGAAGAGCAGAUGAUAACUCCGGUGCUGCAGGGAGGGUCAAAACCAAAAAAGCAUCUAGUGAUGAUAAACGAAUAAAAAAGAGAAAACAUUAUUCUUCUGAAUCAUAUAGCUCAGAUACUUCAGACUCACGAUCCUAUUCCUCAGAUAGUGGCUCUGAGUCAGAAUCAUACUCGUCAUCAUCAAUGAAUACUAGCUCAUCCAGUGAUCGUAGGCAUAAGAGAAGAAAAGGGUCUAAGAAGGAUAAACGUAAGCCCACAAAGAGGAAGGGUAAAAAUACGAAGAGCAAGAGAAAGAGUAGAGGAUCCAAAAGGAGAUCUAGACGGAGCUAUGGAACUUCAAGUGAUGAUUCAGAAAGCUCGAAGACAGAUAACAGCAGUUCUGAUAGUGAAAGUGCGGGCCGUCGUACCAAGCGUUCCUUGCGGAAAGCAGAUAAAGAGAAUACCAAAACGACAAAUUCGGAGCAAGGUAGAACUUUUGAUGUAGAGAAAGGCAAACAAACGAUUGGUACUGACAACCGAUCACAUGAUGGAAGUAAACCCUCAAGCAAAGAUGAAAAUGGGGCUGAUGACAGAUCUGGAAUUCAAAAUUUAGAAGAUAGGAGUGAUCCAGGUGCAAGCUCCUUGACCGACCCCACCCAAGCUGAUGUAAAUUUAACAAAGCCAGGAAAGGCAGGUGGCAACAGUGGUGCUGAUACUGCAGAGGCUGGCAUGUCUAGAACUGGUACAGGAAGGAACCCACCAAGCAAUGAACCUGUGGCCACCAAUGGUAAAGAUUCAGCGGUGGGCUCUGCAGACAAUGGACAGCCUCAACGCAUCAGGAAAGGACGUGGUUUUACACAACUGUAUGCAUAUGCACGUCGAUACAGGACACCAUCUCCAGAGCGCCCCCCUGUUCGACCCCGCUACGAUGGAGGAAAUAAUGAUAGAUGGAAUAAUUUUAAUAGGUAUGGAAGAAAUGGUCCGUAUGGUGGACGCUCACCAGUAAGGAGAUAUCGUGGCUCCCCAAGAGCCAGUAGCCCAUACAGGUACCAAAGGAGAGACCGAAGCAGGAGCAGGUCACGCAGUCCGGUGAGACGCCGCGACCGAGGAGGGUAUCGCCGCCCCAGCCCAAGACGCAGUCGCAGCCCCGCAGAACAACCAAUCCGGGAUGCAAGCAACAGGUCUCGAUCAGGCCGUGAUGGAGGUGGCCCCGACCUCCGUAUUGGCAGCCCCAGUGCCAAUAGAGGAAGGUCGAGGUCCAGGUCGAAGAGCCGUGAGCCCUCGAGAUCCCGGUCUCCCGAUGCAGCCCCAGCCAAGAGGGGGAGCUCGAAAUACAACCGCAGGCGCAGCAGCAGCUCAAGAUCCAGCAGUCCUGAUGGUAACAAAGGCCUGGUUUCCUACUGAGAUGCGAUGAUUCCAACUUUCCAGCGUUGAGAACUCAUGUUUCAUGGUGGUCUAGUAUUCUCUACUCUGUUCUGUAGUAUUGUGCCGGUAUCAUGAGACGCUGAGUCAUGUCGUUGUACGCUUUUGUAAUGGCUGUUGAACUCGAAUUGCUUUUUAUGUCAAAAAUGUUUUCGAUGUCAGAUAAUUAGACAUAAUAUUUUGAUUCGCUA